UCUACGUCAGCUGUGACGUAUUUCCUGCCAGACUUCGUCCACCCCGUCGUCGCAAAGCUAUCGACGGAAGAAAUUUGACCCCAAAAAGGUUUUUAACCAAAGCUGAAAUGUUUAAACUUGAAGGACUCGGUCCGAAAAUGGACCCAGAGGAGAUGAAAAAGAAAAUGCGAGAAGACGUCAUUUCCUCUGUACGGAACUUUCUUCUUUACGUCGCUCUGCUCAGAGCCGCCCCAUAUGUGCUAAAGAAGCUGGACAGCAUAUGAGAAGAGGCCGAAGUCCAGCUGGAUUUACCACCAUCAAUCAAGAGAUUCCAGCAUCAGAGACGGCGAGGACCUGCAGCAGAUGUGGGCCAUUGAAGCAUCUCUUGUUCUUCCAUCACUGCUUCAAAGAUCUUUUUUUUUUUUUUAGUUUUGUUAAAUGUUUUAAAUGUCUGUCAGCCUUUAUAUUUAACACUUACUGUUUGUUAAGUGGAGAGUUCUGUUCAAAGAAAUGUCUUUUAGUUGUACCGCUCAAUAAAUGGAAACAAUGGUAAUUUA